AUGUUCCUGUGUGUCGUUGUGCCCGUGCAGGAGCAGCCCAAUGUGCCAAUGUACCACCCCACACCCAGUCAGGCCCGCCUGGCCAGCCAGCUAACAGAGGAGGAGCAGGUCCGCAUUGCCCAACGCAUCGGCCUCAUACACCACCUCCCCAAGGGAGUGUACGACGCUAGCAGGGACGGCUCCGAGAAGAAAAUCAGAGAGUGAGUACCACCGUCAACAGCACUCAAACACAACACAUUAAAACACCUAUUUUGUAAUCGUGUUGGGUGAAUGUGCCUCGUACUAAAUAGAAAUGGGCAUCUGCGUUACCUCUGUAUGCACAUGCAUAUCGGGCAUUUCCAUCUAAAAGACCCCAUGAGGACCAACAUAUAAAGUUAAUAGGAACAUAUCAAAUUGGGUGUCAAAUGAAAGGUAAGAGUUUAUAUUUUCAGGAAAUGAAGGCAUAGAUACAUUUUUCAACAAUUUACACACAGUAGUGUAGAGCACACUACUGUAGAGUACAGUAUAAUGUACUGAACUAUACUGUACUGAACUCUACUCUACCCUACUCUACUUUACUCUGCUGUGUUGUACUGUACUGUACUGCAGUGUAUUCAACGGGGCUCUGCUGUGCUGCACUGUGUUGUCCAAACUUGUGAAACAUGAGGAGAAUGACAUUCAUAUCCAUAAUUAUGGGGACCCAUGAUAUAAUUACGUUACCGUAAUUAUGUUACAGGGUGUAAAUCCACUUCACUUACUGUAGUUCAAAGCCCAAAAUAUAUUUUUUCUAACUCAAGGUGUCAUGUCAUAGCUGACACCCCAUUCUUUCUGCAGACGUCUUUGAAUCUUUAAUUGGGGGCAGAUAUUUAAGAGUUUUUGGAAAAACUUUGAAUAAAAACCUGAGGGAGAUUUUACCGUAAUUCUGUUACCAAAGUUGGCAUCUGUACAGUUCUUCCACAGAAUUUGUUUUUGUAAAAAGUAGUCCUUGUGCAUAGAGUUGUAUGGUUUGUUAAACUUUGAAAUAAAUGUUUUUUGUUUGGCAUACAUUUUAAAGUGAAAAAACGGAGUCUCAGCGUAAUUCCGUUACCGUGGAAUUGCCCGAUCACUUACUGGUGCUGAAUGUCAAUUUGUAAUAAAUAAAAAUACUGCAUAAGAUGGGUAGGUAGGUAGGAAGGUACAGUGAGGGGAAAAAAGUAUUUGAUCCCCCUGCUGAUUUUGUACGUUUGCCCACUGACAUAGAAAUGAUCAGUCUAUAAUUUUAAUGGUAGGUUUAUUUGAACAGUGAGAGACAGAAUAACAACAACAAAAUGCAUGUCAAACGCAUGUCAAAAAUGUUAUAAAUUGAUUUGCAUUUUAAUGAGGGAAAUAAGUAUUUGACCCCCUCUCAAUCAGAAAGAUUUCUGGCUCCCAGGUGUCUUUUAUACAGGUAACGAGCUGAGAUUAGGAGCACACUCUUAAAGGGAGUGCUCCUAAUCUCAGUUUGUUACCUGUAUAAAAGACACCUGUCCACAGAAGCAAUCAAUCAAUCAGAUUCCAAACUCUCCACCAUGGCCAAGAUCAAAUAGCUCUCCAAGGAUGUCAGGGACAAGAUUGUAGACCUACACAAGGCUGGAAUGGGCUACAAGACCAUCGCCAAGCAGCUUGGUGAUAAGGUGACAACAGUUGGUGCGAUUAUUCGCAAAUGGAAGAAACACAAAAGAACUGUCAAUCUCUCUCGGCCUGGGGCUCCAUGCAAGAUCUCACCUCGUGGAGUUGCAAUGAUCAUGAACGGUGAGGAAUCAGCCCAGAACUACACAGGAGGAUCUUGUCAAUGAUCUCAAGGCAGCUGGGACCAUAGUCACCAAGAAAACAAUUGGUAACACACUACACCGUGAAGGACUGAAAUCCUGCAGCGCCCGCAAGGUCCCCCUGCUCAAGAAAGCACAUGUACAGGACCGUCUGAAGUUUGCCAAUGAACAUCUGAAUGAUUCAGAGGAGAACUUGGUGUAAGUGUUGUGGUCAGAUGAGACCAAAAUCGAGCUCUUUGGCAUCAACUCAACUCGCCGUGUUUGGAGGAGGAGGAAUGCUGCCUAUGACCCCAAGAACACCCCAUCCCCACCGUCAAACAUGGAGGUGGAAACAUUAUGCUUUGGGGGUGUUUUUCUGCUAAGGGGACAGGACAACUUCACCGCAUCAAAGAGACUAUGGACGGGGCCAUGUACCGUCAAAUCUUGGGUGAGAAGCUCCUUCCCUCAGCCAGGGCAUUGAAAAUGGGUCGUGGAUGGGUAUUCCAGCAUGACAAUGACCCAAAACACACGGCCAAGGCAACAAAGGAGUGGCUCAAGAAAAGAAGCACAUUAAGGUCCUGGAGUGGCCUAGCCAGUCUCCAGACCUUAAUCCCAUAGAAAACCUGUGGAGGGAGCUGAAGGUUUGAGUUGCCAAACGUCAUCCGCGAAACCUUAAUGACUUGGAGAAGAUCUGCAAAGAGGAGUGGAACAAAAUCCCUCCUGAGAUGUGUGCAAACCUGGUGGCCAACUACAAGAAACGUCUGACCUCUGUGAUUGCCAACAAGGGUUUUGCCACCAAGUACUAAGUCAUGUUUUGCAGAGGGGUCAAAUACUUAUUUCCCUCAUUAAAAUGCAAAUCAAUUUAUAACAUUUUUGACAUGUGUUUUUCUGGAUUUUGUUGUUGUUAUUCUGUCUCUCACUGUUCAAAUAAACCUACCAUUAAAAUUAUAGACUGAUCAUGUCUUUGUCAGUGGGCAAAUGUACACAAUCAGCAGGGGAUCAAAUACGUUUUUCCCUCACUGUAGAUACUUAUUUCUAAAUCCCACAUGAUACAAACAAUGUCUCCCCAUCUGUGCAGGUGUGUGAUUUGCAUGAUGGACUUUGUGUAUGGAGACCCCAUCCGGUUCCUGCCCUGCAUGCACAUCUACCACAUGGACUGUAUAGAUGACUGGCUGAUGCGCUCCUUCACCUGCCCCUCCUGCAUGGAGCCAGUGGAUGCUGCGCUGCUUUCCUCCUACGAGACCAACUGA